AUGGCGGCGUCUGGGGCCGCAGUCAGAGAUGGUCGUGACAGCUGGCUGGGAUUCUUGUCGGUGGCGCUCGGAGUGUCUCUGCUCAAAUGCCUCCUCAUACCCACCUAUUAUUCUACAGAUUUUGAAGUACAUAGGAACUGGCUUGCCAUCACUCACAGUUUACCAUUAUCACAGUGGUACUAUGAGGCAACUUCAGAGUGGACUUUAGAUUACCCUCCAUUUUUUGCAUGGUUUGAAUAUGUACUGUCACACAUUGCCAAGAUUUUUGAUCCAGAGAUGCUGAAUGUAGAGAAUUUGAAUUAUGCCAGUCCUAGAACUGUACUUUUCCAGAGAUUUUCCGUCAUCUUUACAGAUGUUCUCUUUAUCUAUGCAGUCUACGAGUGCUGCAAAUGUGUAGAGGGGAGAAAAAUUGGUAAAGAACUUAAAGAGAAACCAACAUUUAUUCUUUCAAUUUUACUUCUGUGGAAUUUUGGAUUGCUAAUUGUGGACCAUAUUCAUUUUCAGUACAAUGGUUUUUUAUUUGGAUUAAUGCUACUUUCAAUUGCUCGAUUAUUUCAGAAAAAGCAUUUGGAAGGAGCAUUUCUCUUUGCCAUUCUCCUGCAUUUUAAACACAUCUACCUUUAUGUGGCUCCAGCUUAUGGCAUCUAUUUGCUGAGAUCUUACUGUUUCACUUCAAAUAAUCCAGAUGGUUCUGUCAGAUGGAGCAGUUUCAGCUUUUUCCGACUAAUUACCCUGGGUUUCAUUGUUUGCAUUGUUUCUGCUCUUUCUUUGGGUCCUUUUAUAGCCAUGAACCAAUUGCCUCAAGUCAUUUCAAGGCUUUUCCCUUUCAAGAGGGGUCUCUGCCAUGCCUACUGGGCUCCAAACUUCUGGGCUUUGUACAAUGCUUUGGAUAAGAUGCUCUCCAUUAUUGGCUUGAAAUUCAAUCUUCUUGAUCCCAAGAAGAUUCCCAAGGCCUCAAUGACAAGUGGUUUGGUUCAACAGUUCCAACACACUGUCCUGCCCUCUGUAACUCCAUUAGCAACCCUCAUUUGCACUGUGAUUGCCAUGUUGCCAUCUGUUUUCUGUCUUUGGUUUAAACCCCAAGGACCCAGAGGCUUUCUUCGGUGUCUAAUUGUUUGUGCAUUAAGCUCCUUCAUGUUUGGAUGGCAUGUUCAUGAAAAAGCAAUACUCCUAGCAAUUCUCCCAAUGAGCCUUUUGUCUGUGGGAAAGCCACAAGAUGCUGGGAUUUAUCUGCUUCUGACCACAACCGGCCAUUAUUCCCUCUUCCCCUUGCUCUUCACGGCCCCAGAAUUCCCUAUUAAAGUGUUACUCAUGCUACUAUUCACUGUUUAUAGUUUUUCAUCACUGAAGACUUUGUUCAGAAAAGAAAAACUUCUUAAUAGGAUGGAAACCAUCUACCUCAUUGGCUUGGGGCCUUUGGAAAUCUGCUGUGAACUUGUAUUUCCUUUCACCCCUUGGAAGCUAAAGUACCCCUUCUUUCCUUUGUUCCUGACUUCGGUAUAUUGUGCAGUAGGCAUCACAUAUGCUUGGUUCAGACUGUCUGUUUCAAUGUUGCUUGGCCCUGCUGUCGGCAAGGCAAAGCUACGAUGAAUAAAGGGACUGCUUGGAUGACUUCCAGGCAAUUACCUCAUGGAAAAUUAACCAGCAUUUGAAAAAGGUUGCUGGUGGCAGAAGCCAUUCAUUUCAGUGGGUCCUGUUUUGAACAUGUCUGCACUAUUCUUCCAGACUACCCGCUGAUGUUUUUCAUUUAGAGAGGCUCUAUUUUUCUUUCUUUCUUUUUUUUAAAUUAGAAAGUACUGGUGUUGCCCACCACAGCAACCUGAUUGUCACCAUGGUGAGAAGUCACUUGCCCUUCAAAAGCUAUGAAACAGAAACCCUGCCUCCUUAAAAUUGUCUGUCGGAGAGAGUAGAUUGCUGUGCUGCAUAUAAAUCUUGCUCAAGAUAAAUAAUAGGUUCAAAUCCAAACAGCAUAGUUAUUUAUAGCCUGCCAAAUAAUUGCUGGCAAGAUAGAAAACAUAAUUACAACCACACUGGGGGCAGAUGUAAAUAAAAUACCACUUUAUA